AUGGACUUCAUUGAACCAGCUAAAGUUGAAAACUCGAAGGGAACAAAACAGGACGUCAAAACUCGUUCAGGGGAUGAGGUUGAAGUUGAUACCUCAUCUAAAUCAAGUGAGGAGAAAGCCCCUCCACAACAGACGAGGAAGUCAAUUGGUAUCAGACGGAUCGAAAUACUUCAAAAACAAUAUCAAAACCCGUAUCUCAUCAUUUGGUUUUUCUUUUGCAUAUUCUUGAUUUCUUUUGGAUACAGGUUGGAUGCUAUGGUACGUGGAAAGUUGCAAUACUAUGCUACUUCAUCGUACAACAAACAUUCAUUAUUCGCUGCUGUCACUGUUAUGCAAUCAGUAAUUAGUGCUGCAGCUCAACCUUGUUAUGCCAGAUUAUCUGAUAGAUUUGGACGUUUGGAAUUGUGCAUUUUUGCUAUAGUGUUCUACUCAAUGGGUACUGUCAUCCAAUCACAAGCAUAUGACAUCAAUAGGUUUGCAGGUGGUGCAGUGAUUUAUCAAAUAGGAAACACUGGUAUUUCCAUCAUAUUGCAAGUCAUUUUAGCCGACUUUUCAAAUUUGAAUUGGCGUUUAGUGUGCUCCUUUGUUCCGGCAUUGCCUUUGUUAAUAACCACCUGGGUUGGUGGCGAUGUGGUUGCCUCUGCGGAGGCCCAUUACUCGUGGAAUUGGGGUAUCGGUAUGUGGGCGUUCAUUUUUCCACUAAGUGCUGUACCACUACUUGGCUGUUUGAUUCACAUGCAGAUAAAAGCUCGCAAGACACCUGAGUGGCAGGAAAUGACAAAGGAGAUUAAUAGCCAGAGGAAACACUCUAAGAAAAGCCUUGCUUAUUGGAAAACAUUGGUAACGGAGCUAUUUUGGGAUUUGGAUGUCGUUGGGUUGUUACACGUUAUUCUCAUUUUGGGGUUAAUCUUGGUUCCAUUUACGCUCGCUGGUGGUGUUACCUCCAAAUGGGCUAGAGCUUCGACAAUUGUUCCGUUGGUUAUUGGUGUGGUACUAAUUCCAGUAUUUGUCAUGUGGGAAGCCAAAUUCGCUAGGUCGCCAAUUAUGCCAUUACCAUUGAUGAAGGAUCGUGGUGUAUGGUCAGCAUUACUCAUUGCCAUUUUACUUAAUUGGAUUUGGUACAUGCCCAAUGAUUUUAUGUACACAGUUUUGAUUGUUGGUAUGAACGCCAGUGUCAAAGCAGCCACCAGAAUCACAUCGUCGUAUUCAUUUGUUGCCACUGUUGUAGGAUCGCUUUUGGGGUUUGUUGUCGUCCGUGUUAGAAGAUUGAAAGGGUUCAUCAUUUUCGGUUGUGUUUGUUGGGCUGUAAGUUUGGGUAUUUUGUUUCAUUUCCGUGGUGCCAAUGACGGAGUGGAAAGUCAAAAAUACCUUGAUGGUGUCAUUGGUGGAUUAUGUUUAAUGGGUUUUGGUGCCGCUUUCUUCAAUAGACCAACACAAGUCAGCAUUACUACCGUCACUAACCAUGAGUAUAUGAGUGUCAUUCUUUCGGUUUAUUUCGCCAGUUAUUACAUUGGUUCUUCAAUUGGCGCCUCCAUUAGUGGAGCCAUUUGGACAAAUAAAAUGCACGAUGUUAUUUUGGACAAGAUGCAAAGUCAAGGAGUUCCCAAUGCUGUACAACUUGCAAAAUUGGCUUAUGAGGCACCCUUCAAAUUCAUUAUCACAAACACUUGGGGAUCACCAGCAAGAAUCGCUGUUGUGACUGCUUAUGCCCACGUGCAGAGGUAUCUUUGCAUCACUGGAUUGGUGCUUUGUUUCCCCUUGAUCAUUCUUUCUUUUGUAUUGAGGGACCACAGAUUGGAUUCUGUGCAAUCAUUGGAUAUGGACCAUGAUCAAGAGCAAGGCGUGGUCAAGGAUGGUAAAGUUGUGGUGAACAAUUACGACGACGAUAUCAUAUUGGACAGGUUGAAGAGUUUCUCAACAUCUGUGAGGGCUAGGUGGAGAGGUUCAUCCAAAUGUACUACGAAGUAA